AGAGCUUCUUAAGGGAACUACAACUCCCAGAGCACAUGCAAAGCAGUUGUGGUGCACACUGGGAGUUGUAGUCCUUGAGCUCUCGGUUUGACGGAGUCUAAGAGUGUUCUGGGUAAGGGUAAAAGUCAGUACUGGAGUGGGUUGCAACAUAGAGACCCUCUAUUCUCCUUACUGUGUUCUUGUUACUGCAUUCCCACAUGACACCAUGUAUUGAUAUCCAUCUCUCAUUGCUGAGACAUACUACCCAUCCUCACCUUAGGAUGAGCCCCACCCAAGAGAUGCCCACACCCUGCCCUGAUGCCCCUGGCAGGGGAAAUGAGGGGCCCCAUGAACUCCUUCCCUGCCCCCUGCCCUCCAGGCUAGUUCCCUCCCUUUAUGGGGAUCAAAGGGCAAGGAGCAGCCCCACCCUACUCCCUCACAGGCUAUAGGCAUUAGACUAGAGAUCUUAGGAAUCGCAGGGACUUUGGUGCCCAAGCAUUUGUAAGGGGAUUGCUGGGAGCUUGGCACCUGGUGACAGGAGAGACUGGUCCCCACCUUGGGGUGUGGAUCCUUCAGUAACUGCUCAUAGGCCUAGCCAUUCUCUGUAUCAGUCCUAGGCAAUAUGCUUCCUCUUAAGGAGGUGGCUUAAGGACAGGGGCUUGGGGCUUAUCUAUAGGACCUCAGGGGCCCGGGCCCGCCUGCCUGGCACCAGGGCACAGAAAUGACCCUCCCCCACCCCAGGCCCACAGUUGGCAUAGGGCACUGCGAGCAGGGGGUAGGAGGGAGAGGCGGGCAGGACUGCCAGCAUCCUGGUGGGUAGCUGCCAGCCAGGCCGGGAGCCGGUGAGGAGCAGCAGGCCAGCGGCACCGAGCCAGCAGCUGUUGGGGGUAGCAGGGAGGGGGUAUCUUCAGGGACAUUUCUGCCAUUCUCUCUGAGCCCAGCAGGAUGGCCUACUGCUUAGAGGAUAUUGGGGUACCUUUCAUUCCAAGAAUAAGAAAUCCCAGGAGUUUCAUGACAUUUGGUGGCCCACCCAGUUCAUCUCAGAGCUUUCCUGAGUUGCCCCCUGAGGCCCAGGCGGGUCCCACCCAACCAGCCAGGGUAGCAGUAGCUUGCGCAAGGGGUGGGGCAAGGAGCUUCCCAGCAGAUGCCCCCUCCCAGCUCCUUCCUCUUUCGGUGCCUACAGCUCCCCCAAUAUGUCUACCCCUCCUUGGCCAGCUCUGUCCCCCUGGUCACUGGGGUCUGGCAUGAGUGCUGCCCCCUGGCCUGGUUGGCAGGGCUGGCGCCCUGGCGAGGAACUGUGGAGAAGAUGGGGAGCCCUGAGGAUGACCUGAUUGGAAUUCCAUUCCCAGACCACAGCAGUGAGCUCCUGAGCUGCCUGAAUGAGCAGCGCCAGCUGGGCCAUCUGUGUGACCUCACCAUCAGGACGCAGGGUCUUGAGUACCGAACCCACAGGGCUGUGCUGGCUGCCUGUAGCCACUACUUCAAGAAGCUCUUUACGGAGGGGGGAGGGGGGACUGUUAUGGGAACAGGGGGUGGUGGGACAGCUGCUGGAGGAGCAGGGGCCGGUGUGUGUGAGCUGGACUUUGUAGGGCCAGAGGCCCUUGGUGCCCUGCUCGAGUUUGCCUACACAGCCACACUGACCACCAGCAGCGCCAAUAUGCCGGCUGUACUCCAAGCUGCUCGGCUACUGGAAAUUCCAUGUGUCAUCGCUGCUUGCAUGGAGAUUCUACAAGGCAGUGGGCUAGAAGCCCCUAGCCCAGAUGAGGAUGACUGUGAGCGAGCCCGACAGUACCUGGAGGCUUUUGCCACUGCCACUACCACAGCCUCAACCUCAGGAAUGCCCAAUGGUGAAGACAGCCCUCCACAGGUGCCCCUCCUACCACCGCCGCCGCCGCCACCUCGACCUGUUGCCCGCCGCAGCCGCAAACCCCGAAAAGCUUUUCUUCAAACCAAAGGGGCCCGAGCGAACCAUCUGGUCCCCGAGGCCCCCACAGUACUCACCCACCCCUUGGCCUAUGAAGAAGAAGAGAUGGUUGGUAGAGUGGGCAACAGUGGGGGCAGUGGGCUUGGAGACAACUAUAGUCCUCCCGCAGGCGCCACCUCACCUGCCGAGGGGCCCCUGAACUAUGAAGUCUUUGAAGGUGAGGAAGAGGAGGAGGAGCUGGUAUACCCCCCAGCCUAUGGGCUAGCACAGAGCAAUGAGCCCUCGCUAUCACCAGAGGAGCUGGGCUCAGAUGAGGACCCCAUCGAUCCUGACCUGAUGGCUUAUCUAAGUUCGCUGCACCAGGACGCCCUGGCACCGGGCCUGGAUGGCCAAGACAAGCUGGUGCGUAAACGCCGUUCACAGAUGCCCCAAGAGUGCCCGGUCUGUCACAAGAUAAUCCAUGGGGCAGGCAAACUGCCUCGACAUAUGAGGACCCAUACUGGUGAGAAGCCCUUUGCCUGUGAGGUCUGCGGCGUCCGCUUCACCAGGAAUGACAAGCUGAAGAUCCACAUGCGGAAGCACACAGGAGAACGUCCUUACUCAUGCCCACACUGCCCAGCCCGCUUCCUGCAUAGCUACGACCUCAAGAACCACAUGCAUCUGCACACUGGGGACCGGCCCUAUGAGUGCCACCUGUGCCACAAGGCUUUCGCCAAGGAGGACCACCUGCAGCGCCAUCUCAAGGGUCAGAACUGCCUGGAGGUGCGUACCCGAAGGCGCCGCAAGGAUGAUGCACCGCCUCACUACCCACCGCCCUCCACCACCACCUCAUCCCCUGCCGGCCUUGACCUCUCCAACGGCCACCUGGACACCUUCCGCCUCUCUUUGGCUCGAUUCUGGGAGCAGUCGGCCACCACGGGACCCCCAGUCACUACACAAGGGCCCCCCGAGGAAGAGGAGGAGGAAGGGACACCUACCACACCACAGGCCGAAAGUGCCAUGGAGUCCUCUUAAAAAGAGAGAUGAAUGGCCAGGCUGGGACAGCACAAGGCCUGGGACACCAUGACAAGCAGUGGGGAACACAUAAAACAAGUGGUAUUGGGGUCAGGGAUGCUGAACCUUGUUGGCAUCAAAAUCAAGGCCCUUCCCCCAGAGCUUUCAUUCCAGUUCCAAGCUGAGGUUUUUGGGGCACAAGCUCUCUUGAUUGGGGUAAUCACCCAAGGAGUUAAACAUGAAAUAUAUGUGUGUGUGUGUGUGUGUGUGUGUGUGUGUGUAUAUAUGUAUGUGUGUGCGUCACACACACACUCUGCACAUAUAUAUAUAUACACACACACACACAGUAAAGGUGGAGUCCCUGCCCCCAGCCACUACUGGGGAAUUGAAGCAAUAAUCUAUCUCUGAUUUGUGGGGUCCCACUUCGGCUAUGCGGGUUUCUAGGAGGCUGGGGCUUGGGACCAAAGCCUUGCCCUACUCCCAUGCCCCCUGGGAUUUGGCUGUGUGAGGGGGUGGACUGCCCCUCCCUUCCGAGACCCCUCCUUCCUGGUUUCUGUUCCUUUUUCCUGGCCGUAAAUUAUGCAAAGGGGGGUGGCAAAGGAAGGGUAUGAGGGGGAAACAAGGUGGAGGCUUGAAAGACUAGGGUGGCGGGGGACUGGGCCUGUAAGGACGGAGCCAUCCCAGUCCCCCUCCACCCAGUUCCAACGCUGAGUCAUGGGGUCCUGGAGAAGAAGAGGGCAGGGUGGCCUGAUUGGCUCGCCCGCCCCUGAGGGUAGCAGAAGGGCUCCGCCCAGCUAAGGGAGAUCUCCACCUCUCCCCUCCCGCGUCCUGGGGCAGGGAAUGUCUUGUUCCUGGCGCUCCCUCCCUGGGGCCAGAGGGCAGGGCGGGCCGGGCGUCUUACCCUCUUCUCCUCCCUACCUCCCCGCCCAGGUGCAAGCCGGAGCCGCCUCUGCUGCUUGCUGCCCCUGACUCACGCCGCCCCUGGGCUGGCGGGCGCUGGGUGUGGGAUGGGGUGAGGGGUUGAGGUAGCCUUGUGGGGAGCGGGCACGCUAGUGCCAUCUGGUGGCCAUGCCCUGUAAGGGCGAGCGCCCCCCCCCAGCGAUCACUUUCAGUGAGCUGGCGUCACACUUAGCCAUCCUGGCCUGUGAGCGGGUGCCCCCUUGCCAACACAGUGGCUAGGCAACUCACUUGCCCCUGGGAGAAGUGCGCUGCGGAGCAGACCUAGGGGAAAGGGAACCUUUCCUCAGACCUUGCCUAGCACUCUUAGGAUUGAGUCCACCCCCGUUCUGUACAUAGCCUCUUCUGAUGGUCUUAUUGAAAUUCAAUUUCACAUUUUUAACUAUCAAUUUUCCCCGGGGUGGGGAAGAAUCUUCACCUCACCCCUUCCUCGCUGGGUGCUGGACCCCCAUUGCGGCCUGGGCUCUGCCUUGCACUAUUUAACCCUUUGGCCUAGUGGCCCUUCCCCCUCCUGGAAAGGGGCAGGUUCAGGGGCCCGGUGCUCUCCUCUCCCCACGCACCUCCAUGCCCAUUUGCACAGCUGCCCAGGUACCCCCAACAGUGGGGAGGGGUCACACAGGGAGGGGUGGCGGGACCAGUCCCUGUAUCUAUUUAAAAAGUGAUGUAAUAUAUUAGGAGGGAGGUCAGGUGCCCUGGGCCUCAUCUUAGCAUUUCAGGUGAUAGGGGAGCCCGCGGCUGGAGAAACCUGGGGCUAAGUCCCAGAGAGUGGGGACAGUGGCCUCCACUCUCUCUCCUUGUGGCUUUCCCACUCAGUGCCUUAGUGGGGGAAAGCAUUCCCCCUACCAUUCCCUUCAUCUACCCUUGCCCCCUCCCCCUGCCUCGGGUGUAAGUGACAGGAAGAAAUAAUAAUAAUUUAAGAUUCA